AUGAAGCAGAGCCACCGCCAGUUAAUAAAUGCUAAAUCGUUGAUUUGGGUUAAUUUUAAGCGAGAUAAAUAUGAGUAUCCUGAAGAUGUAUUUGCUAUAAAACGGAAUGAUAAAUAUCGUCGUCGUGGCGCAGAAUGUGUCGGUGACAAAAUUGGUGUUAUUACUAAGGAACCUACAGAUAUCAAAAUCCCAGAAGAAAUUCAAAUACCUAGUACCAGUAAAUUUAAAUUUUUAUUAUAUGCUAUUGGAACAGCGGAAUAUAAUUGUACUUGUGAAGAUGAUGUAAAGUUUUGGAAUAUAACAAAUUAUGACACAUUUCUUACAAAUGAUAUUCCAAUCGGAUAUGGACCUGAAUGCUUUGUUGUUCGCCACUACUUCUCAAACCCACCUUAUAAGGGUGGAAGAGCUAUUUAUGAGUCGUUAGUUCCAGGGGAUACAUCUUUUGUUUGGGAAGCCCCCGAUGCGAGUAUCCCAUCACCUGAUGGUCCCGAAAACCUUGCUUGGAUUCGAAUUCUACCUCAUGCGGUUAAAGGUAAAGGUGCACUUAAUGAUUUCACAUAUGCACUUAGAAUCGCUACCGUUGGGGGUGGCUCUCCUCCAAAUUCCACAUGUGGUACUGAUUAUGAGUUAGGUGAUGUUGUUCAUAUUCGAUAUACUUCUCAGAAUCGGUACUAUCAUUAG